UGGAUGGUAUGCGAUUUUGUGGAAGGAAUCUCUAUAUUUUUGACUAAGCAUGAAAGAGUCUUCAUGAAAGGGUCCAUACUUGGGCACAGCGGCUAAUGAUGGUCACACAUUUGAAAUGAGAGUAGCACGUAGAAUUGUGGGAAUUACUUGAAAAGCAAAUAGAAGGUUCUGUUUUAGCAGCAGAAGAGAGAUUUCUGGGUAGCUUGCUUUCCCAGUCUCUACACAAAGACAGUGCAAAGUUGCUUUUGCACGAUGGAAGUGCAAUUUUUUUUUUCUUUGAGAUGAAGAAACGAUGCCUGGUUCCUAGAAGUUACUUGAUACGAGAGGCCUAGAAUCCAUGCCUUCCUGCAUCAUCCUUUUGUGGAAAUGGGAUGCGGUUUGCUGGUUUGCCUCCUUUUUUAGUAGUUCAGGGCUUCCGAUCUCUGUUUCGAGUUUUCACAUGUUAUCUUUGGAGAUGUCAGAGCAGGGGAUUUAUGAUUUUAUCAACUGUAACUUUGCAGCUGGAAGAGAUACACCGACUUUAACCAUUCUUUUUUGGUGAGGAUAUGUUGGAUAACAAUUCCCGGCUGCUAGGGGAAUGUGUUUGAGGCUAGCUUGAGAUAUCUGCUAGAGUGAUUGGCUUCUGAUAUCAACCAUCUCCUUUUUGGCCAAAUAUGCUCCUUGUUACCUUUUUCCAUUGAUCUAUAUAUAAGCAACGGUACAGAACUAAAGGAUGUGGGAAGUUCAGUUGAAGUAAGAGUAAAUCAACAGUUUCCUCGCCAAUCUUGAGAAAGUACUUUGCUUGUUUUUAGUGUCCUGAGAAUCUAAAGAAUCAGUUAUUUCGUUGCCUGUUCAGUAUUCAGUGUAAAGCAGGAGGGGAUUGCCGAUCCUUGAUCUGUUGCUCUGUGGAAAAUAUGUUGUAGGCAGAGUCAAAUGGCUCUGUUUGUCCAUUUGCGAGGAGGGAUGGUGAGAAGAUUCAUUUUAAGCUCCAUGGAGAUCAAAGAUUGAUUGCUAAUGCUGAUUACUGAUUGAGAUUAACAUAUAACUUUUUGAUAGCAAACUUUUUAUGGAUAAGGAAACUUAAAAUUAGACCCUGAUGAUUUGGUUGCUUAUGUAGAAGCUGAGGAUGUAAUAAGAAAUCUUCCUGCAUGGGCUGCAAUACAAGGAUACUAAUGCAACCCAGUAUAUGUUCAUCAACAGCUGUCCAUGUUAGGUUUACGUCCUGCUGCUUGAUAGCCAUAUUGAGACUCAUCAGAUCUGUUUUGUCCGUCCGAGAGGAGAAUCAGCUCUGCCUCAGGGAUCAGCUCUCGCAAAUUUUGUGUUGUCAGUCUGGAGUGGUACCAUCUGUGAUUUAGCAUUUGAGUUUGUUUGAUUGGCUCAGCUUUUGGCAGUUUCAAGUGCUGAUUGGCGUGAAUAACCUUUCGUUCCUGUCCUCUCUUGAGAUGCAUUCUGUCCUCUUAGUAUAACUUGGGAAUACCCUACCAAAGAGAAGUGGUAGUAUGAUGUGUGAUCUUCUGAUGGCGGAUCAGCGACUUUCAUAUAACAAGGGCAAGGUGGAGCGUGGACACCUACAGUUGUAUCUGCGUGCUAAUCCUGAAAGAUUGUAGAUUUUCCUUUGAGUGCUGUCUCUAUUCUCUUUCUUUCACCGUUUCCUUUUCUGGAAUCAAGAUAGCUUUCCAAUCAGAAUGUUGUAGUGCCAAGAAUGCAGUCGAAUUAUGAACCAAAAUUUCCAACACAAAUCUGAGGAAACAUACCGUCAUCUGCCAUUAGUAUUGAGUAAAUUCAGUAUCCAUUGACAAAAAUGCUGGAUCACUGUAAAGUUUUCUCUUCUGUGGGUAAUGCCUAUCCACUAUCUGUUGAGAGGACAAUUAAGAAAAAUUGAUGCUUGCAGAACCCUUGACGUGAGUUUGAUCUUUACAGUGUUCAUUGCUGGUAUGAGCUGUUUGAGUUUAAGUCUCUUGGCAGCACCACCACUUUGUAGAGAAAAUGAAGAAAAUCAGAUGUGAUGGACACUUCUAAUCCCAUUCAAAAGUUGUCAGUUGUGUGGUCUAUGACUUGAUUGGCUGAUGCCAGAAUUGUUUUCUCAAUCUUUUGGGGUACUGAGAACGAAAUUCUGUUACAACUAAUUUUGGACUGUGCAAUGGCAGACCGUCUUGUGUUAGAUACAUUGCAUUUGUUUGACUUCUUCCCAUGCCUUUCUUGUUAUACAAAACGAAUUAUGCUGGAAAGAGACACAGGCCGUCCACGUGGAUUUGGGUUUGUAACCUAUUCAGAUCGCCGUGGUAUGGAGGAUGCUAUCAGAGAGAUGCAUGGACGUGAAUUUGGUGACCGUAUUAUCUCAGUGAACAAAGCUCAACCUAAAAUGGCGGAAGAUGCAGAUCAUGCCUAUCGUGGAGGCUACUCAUCGGGGGGCCGGGGAAAUUAUGGAGGAGACAGGCCUGCUUCACAAGACGAAUGCUUCAAAUGUGGGCGCCUUGGUCAUUGGGCUCGUGAUUGCCCUUCGGCAGGUAGUGGACGAGGUGGGGGUGGUCCUCCAUUCUCCUCACAUUCUCGUUACAGUGGUGGUGGUGGUGGUGGAGAUCGCUUCGGAGGAGAACGUGAUCGUUUAAUUGAUGACCGCUAUGAUGGAGGCCGUUUUGGGGAUAGGGACCGCUUUGAGAGCAGAGAUCUCAAACAUACUGGCCGUGAUCGCUAUGUUAGCGACAGGUACCCCUCUGGUGAUCGCUUUGCAAGCGACAGAUAUGGUGGUGGUUCAGAUCGUUAUCCUCAGAACGGUUUCAACAAAGAUAGAGGCUAUGACAGGGAUGCUGGCCCACGAGGAGGUGGUGAUAGGUAUGGAAGUGGAGGGCCGGCACGUAACGAGGAUCGGAGCUACCGAAGCAGGGCUGGUCCUUAUGACCGCCCAAGCCGGGGAGGCCGCCCAUCUUCAUUUGAGCGCUAUUGAACACUCGGGGAGUGCUCUCCGACUGUCCUGCCUCUGGUCUUGCGUAGGCUAUAUGCCCGACUGUCGAUGUCCUGCUUAUCUUCAUGUAGGAUGUUUCAGCUGUGACAAUUAGCAUGUUUUUAAGUACUUCUUCCUUUUCAUUUGGUUUUUGUCUAUGUACCGUGCCACCCCUCCUACCAGCUGGCGUGUUCUAUGAAAACUUAGGUCAUGUUUUUUCUAUGUACGUGCUUCUUCUAGAUGACACUGAUCUACUAUGGUGCUUGAUAAUUUGCAUGCACAAUAAUAGAUUCCUCCCUUUCUCCGA